AGUUUCAAAAUGUUAUCCAGAAAGAAUACGCUUGUAAUACUUUUGAUGGUGGUCAGUUUGUACAUAUUAGAUAUUGCAGUAUAUGCUCCUGGUUCCAACUUAAGAGCAACGCCUUCAGUUCUUAAAUAUCCAGAUGACCUGACCUCUAGUAUGGUGACGCUUGAGGUGGAUGCUAAGUCGAACACACACCCGAUAUCGCAAUACAUAUACGGCAUGUCAUUUUUGAACGACAUCAAUUUCGCCAAAGAAAUCAAUCUACCGGUCGACAGAUUUGGCGGCAACGCCGUCACUAGAUACAACUGGAAGAACGACGCGUCCAACCGCGCGUCCGAUUGGUUCUUCGAGAACUUACCCGAGGACAAUCCAAAUCCUGAAAAUCUGCCCGACGGCUCCAUAAGCGACCUGUUCAUCGAGAAAGACAAAUUGAUGGGUGCACGCACCAUGCUCACUAUUCCGCUUAUCGGCUGGACUCCAAAAGACAGAGAGAGGCGUUGCGGAUUUAGUGUCAAGAAGUACGGUCCUCAGCAGCAGACUGACCAAUUGAUGCCCGACUGUGGUAAUGGCAAGAAAACCGAUGGUACAACACUCAUCACUGGCAACGACCCGACCGACACCUCAGUCAAGAUCAACAGCACGUUCACUAAGGAGUGGCUCCAACAUUUGACCAAGAAGUAUGGUACCGCUGACCAAGGCGGAGUGCUCUUUUACGAGAUGGAUAACGAGUACGACCUGUGGCACAGGACCCAUCACGAUAUCCACCCAGAGCCGGCCACAACCGACGAGAUCGUUAAACUCACUGAAGAGUACGCGCUGGCUGUCAAAGAAGUCGAUCCAUCUGCUUUGACUCUCGGACCGGUCGGAUGGGGAUAUUUGUCAUUUUUGCGCUCAGUACUUGUAUUUUCAGCCCUGGACUCUGCUAGUGGAACUAACAAGGAUAGGUCGAGCCACGAUAACCUGGAUUUCGGCCCAUAUUACCUGAAAGCUAUGAAGCAGUUGGAGUCUAAACACUCGAAACGACUGCUCGAUUACCUCGACUUCCAUAUGUACCCCCAACCCGCCAACGUGUUCAGUGACAACACAGAAACGGAGGUACUGGCGGUGAGGCUCAGAUCAACUCAGGGCCUGUGGAAUCCAGAUUACAUAGACGAGAGCUGGGUCAGGAACCUGGGAGAACCGAAUAACCGGGUGCAACUGAUUCCCAGGAUGAAGAAGGCCAUCCAGACUUACUAUCCAGGCACCAAAAUAGCCAUCACCGAGUACAAUUGGGGCGGCUUGAAGGUUAUGAAUGGUGCCCUCGCACAGGCAGAUAUACUUGGCAUUCUGGGAAGGGAGAGCGUUGACGUGGCUAUUCUCUGGGGACCAGAAAAUUCAACCGAGCCAUGGGCGUAUGCUUUCAGAAUGUACCGCAAUUACGACGGAAAGGGCUCUCAGUUCGGUUCAACCAGUGUUAGCGCAAAAUCAAGUGACGAACAAAAGCUUGCGAUCUAUGCGUCGAUACGAUCAUCGGACAAAAAGUUGACUGUUAUUGCCAUCAACAAAGACCCGAUCAAUGAAAUUGACACGAAGAUCGAGAUCAAAAACUUCCCCUCUUCGGGCAAUACUAAGAUCUAUACGUACAGUCAAUACAAUCUAACUAAGAUUGUGGAAAGCAUUGGCAUUGUGGUUAACAAUGCAAUUGAACAUAAAUUCCCGCCUUAUUCGAUCACAUUAUUCGAAGUGGCCAGAAAAUGAUUGUGCUUGUACUAAAAACAUUAAUGAGCAAUGCUCCUAUAAUUGAAUGAAACUAUUUAUAUUGUUAUGUAGAAGCGAGCUUUAUAUCUACGUAUU